AUGCUUGCCAGUAAACAUUUCCUACACCCUAUACAUGCUGCCAUACAAAGUAUCAAAGUACAUCAUUGUUUAGAGAGCACCCAUAUUGAAAUGGCUGAUGACGAGGGAUAUUGGAAUCGAUCUGGCCGUGCAUUCAACUUCGAUGACGAUAACGAAGAGGACAUUGAUCUUAAUGCUCUAGCCGCGUUGGAAAUUAAUGCGGAUGGAGGAAUUCUUAAUGAUGACACCAUUUCCGAGGCUAGUUUUGAUAACAGCUGUGCGGCCGCCAGUUACAACUUGUCGAUAAAGUCCUUAAUUUCCGAUGAAGAACUCAAUAUGCUGUUGGAUGAGCAGUCCAUGAAUGACAACAUGAUUCCCAAAGGCAUGAAGCCAGAGGAAGAGCUAAAGUUAUUGAGACGCCAGUUACAAAAUACUUUGCACACUCCCUCGCCGGUGACUGUGGCCCGAAAGUUGUUGUGCGGCAAAGUUGUGGGAUUUGAGGUAUUCAAGUCAUUGCAAGAUAAGCAACAACUUUUGGAUGCUGUGCUGGACAUAGGCGGCGGUGGAGAUGCUGUUUUGAGUGUGGUUUUGUUUUUGGAAAAGUCGCUGAAUCGCAAAGAUUUCGUGGAGCUCUUGAAGAAACGCCCCAAGGCUUUGCAGCAUUACAUAGCCUAUUUGACACAGAGGCGGGUGGAUGAAGCCAUUCAUUUACUAAAUGACCUGGGCAAGUAUAAUGAAGCUAUGCUCUUGGAAUAUCAGAUGGUAUUGCGUAUAGAUAGCACCGCCGAACGUAAGACCAAACUAAUGGCCAUGAUGACUCAUUGUGCCAAUAAUCGGGUGUGUGGCAUAUACCAGCAAAUGUUACAUGCCGCAAUUAAACUCUUCAAUUUAGUGACCACUGAACGCAGCAAUUUGAAUAAUUUGGUAGAUAUCAAUUCCAGUCCCAUUGAAGUUUUGUAUGCUUGCUGUGCCAAGAAUACCAAUUGGAAAGAUCCAGAUGUUGGCCAAACAAUAUCACCCUAUCGCUUGAGUGCUGAGCAACAAAUUUCAGAGAGUCAAUUUGAUUGGACAGCUUUGAAUGAAAGAGCCCAGGCUCAAGCCUAUGCAGACCUCAAGCAUAUAUUUGAGCAAGUGCCCACCUGGCAUCCCAUUAAACAAAAACAAUUUCACAUAAAUAUACCCUUAGAAGUGGCGGUGCAGAGAUUAUACGAGCUGGAAGCUCCGGCAUCUAUUGUCUAUAUGUUUCUAUCGAACAUGGGCAAUGCUGGUGAAAAACUAGAAUUGGCUAAACGUGUUAAAUGCACAAAGGCCAUCAUUGAUGCCUUGGCAUCGUUAAAAGAUGUGCCACAGUUAAUGCAAAUACGAGAUAACUUGCCAGACCGAUCAGAGGAGCAAUUCUAUUGUGACAAUGCCAUAAAGAACUGCCAGACUAAGCGAUGGACCACCGAUAGCAUUAAGUUGAAGCUGUAAAAUGAAGAGGGAUUGGUUGCUGCACAAAGGCAAAGGCCCUAUAGUUGAAAUUUAAGCCAUUCCUUAUAUUCAAAUUACAAAAUAGGCAAGCACGCAGCAUUAGGCAAUUUUCCCCAACUUUCUGAAAAAAAAAUACACAAAUCUCUAGGGAUGCAACACAAAGUCCAACAACACUUUCUAGGCUAAUACCUUUUCAAUAUCUUUUAAAUUAUAUUCUCUGUUUUUUUAUAUCAAAUCAAGUUAAUAAUAUCAUUAUGUGUUUUUUUUUUUAUUUUAAUACAACAAGAGUGCACAAUUUUGAAAACUUUUUACUUUGUAUUUAACAGUGUUUCCGUUUUUAGGAAUUUUUUUGUUUGGUUUUUUGCUAUUGCCUUAAAAAUUAAUUUAAAAAAAAAUGCUAAAAUGUGUUUUUGCUAAUUGGCUGUUAACUUUUAAACCUUGCUUAAACAAACCAUGGUAAAGAGUUGCCUGGAUAAGGUGGUUUAGUAAAUAAAACAAAUAUUCUUAUAUUAUUUUUGAUAUUGUUGAUGUUUUUUUUUAAGUUUGUGAUUCUAUGAAUUUUUUUAAUAAAUAAUA